ACGCCGGGCUCCAAAUCAGUGUCGUCGCCGAUAGUGUGCGACAUAGCGCUCGGAGCAAGCUUGUGCGGCCAACCCCCCUCGACGCAAGACACGCAGCAUGGGCACCCUGCAAGGAUCCAACGGAGUCGGCGUCAACGGCGUCCGCCACGCGGACGGACAACAGGAGAUGCCCGGCGAAGAGGAGACCUUCUUAUUCACCUCCGAGUCGGUCGGCGAGGGACACCCCGACAAGAUGUGCGACCUCAUCAGUGACGCAGUACUGGAUGCAUACCUCACCAAGGACCCAGACGCAAAGGUAGCAUGCGAAUCGGUAGCAAAAACAGGCAUGAUUCUUCUUGCCGGCGAGAUUAGCUCUAUUCACACGAUCGACUACCAGAGGGUUGUUCGAGAUACCAUCAAGUACAUCGGAUACGACGAUUCCUCUAAAGGUUUUGAUUACAAGACGUGCAACGUAGUCGUCACGAUCGAACAGCAGACGCAAGAGAUCGCCAAGGGCGUUCAUCACAACCGCGAAGAAGAUGACCUCGGCGCAGGCGACCAGGGCAUCAUGUUCGGCUACGCUACCGACGAGACCCCCGAAUGCAUGCCGCUCACCGCUGUGUUGGCUCACAAGCUGAACGAACGGCUCGCCGAGCUUCGAAGGAACGGCACCUUCUGGUGGGCCAGGCCCGAUUCCAAGUCUCAGGUGACAUGCGAGUACGUGUUUCGACACGGCGCCACCGUUCCGAGGCGCGUGCACACGGUCGUGGUCUCCACGCAACACUCGGGCGAGGUUUCGCUCGGCGAGAUCCGGGAGCAGGUCAUGGAGCAAGUGAUUCGGGCCGUUGUGCCCGAGAAGUACCUGGACGACGAGACCGUGUUCCACAUCAACCCUUGCGGCAGCUUCACCGAAGGCGGACCCAUGGGUGACGCAGGCCUGACAGGCCGCAAGAUCAUCGUGGACACGUACGGAGGAUGGGGGGCGCACGGGGGCGGCGCCUUCUCCGGAAAGGACCCGACCAAAGUGGACCGCUCGGCCGCGUACGCCGCCCGCUGGGUGGCGAAAUCGCUCGUCGUGGCCGGCCUGUGCAAGCGCUGCCUCGUACAGCUGUCUUAUGCCAUAGGCAUCGCCCAGCCAGUUUCCAUAUCCAUCUUCACCUACGGUACUGCGACCAAGACACCUCGGGAGCUGCACCACAUCGUGAAGGAGAAUUUUGACCUCAGACCUGGCAAAAUCAUCAAAGACCUGAAGCUAAAGGAGCCCAUCUACCGGAGAACCAGCGCAUAUGGACAUUUUGGUCGGUCUGAGUUCACAUGGGAACAGCCAAAAAAGCUGAUCAUCUGAGAUGGAGCAUCACAAGCUACUUGUUCAUGGCUUUUGCUGCAAAAGACAACUUGUAGUUUGAUGCAAUGUGGUUGUGGAUCUUUAUGCACACAAGGCCACAGUUCUCCAACUUUCAAUAGAUGGCUCCCAUGGAGCUCACUUCAUGGUUAUUAACUAAUUAAUGCUGGCACAUUACAGUACUGAAGACAUGUCCUGAAGCUGCCCUUCACAACACCAAGCCCAGAAAACUGUGCUAUACACAGUACAAAGCCAUUUACAUGUUAACACACCAUUUUUCACAUGAGCCCUUUACCCCAAAAGCUUCAACACUUGAGGGUAGUUUUAAGGUAAUUGGGGUAAAAAGUGCUUGGAUUACUUUUGAAUGGCUAUGCGAUGGUUCUCAGCGGUUCUAAGCCAACUCUUGGUGGUAAGUUCCAACAUUAGCUAGAACUGUUCAACCUUCACAAACUUGAGUCACAACAUCAACUGCUUUCAUUUUUAUUGUGGGCAAUAUAACUAGUGAACACAGGGAACGUAGGUGUUCAUGGCUUUAAAACAUCAAUAAAUUUUGUGGCAAUUUAGCACAUAUACAUUGCAAACAAAGCAAGGCUAAAUGAUGCAAAUUAUAACACACAUCUGCAAACUGUAAUGUACAAUAUGCACACAUUUCAUUUCUUUCAACUUGCUAGCAUAUGAAGCUUUCACAGAAAGCAAAUAAAAAGAUGGCAUAAACAAAGUCAAAUAACAAUGGGAAACAUUGUAUAUUUACGAUGCUAUAACAGUAAAUUUUCUGUACACCCUUGAAACAUGCUGCUGUAUGAGAACUGCAGUCCAAACACUAGCCGCUGAACAGACCCCAAAAGCUGGAAACCUCCAGACUUUAAUGGUUUCAUGCAAACCUAUUGUGCCAUCCAAUCUAUUUUUUAAGACUCUUUUGCCCCAUAAGCUCAGUAACUAAUGCUAUUUCACAUUUCCACAGACAAAGAGCAGCUGCUACACAAAUAGUACAAAAAAAGAAGCAAUAUACGGAGCCGAAAUUCAUUAGUGGUUGAUGCCAGCUUAAUUAAAAUUAAAAGUAUAUUUUUAUGCAUGUGCACAAGCUUUUGAAUAAAUAUUCAAAGUUC